AUGGGACAGUACUUGGCUCCGAGUAGCGAUCAGAAUCAGCUCGUACCUGUUCCAUCAAGCGAUAUCGAAGUGUUGCUCGAUAGGAAUCAGAUUGUUCUAUCGGACGAACGAAGUUGCGAUCGCAACACUCAAAUCGAUUCAGAACCAAGCACAAAUCUAGAAUCGACGGUUUUGGAAAGUAGUGAAGAAAAAUCACUCAACGGUCAAGCAAAACCUCAAGAGAAAGGCUAUGAAGAGUUCCGGAAGAGUCUAAUCCGGAACAGCCACAAGAAAGCAUCGUCGUUAUCUGUCCCGGCCAGUUCAGCAGAAAGAAAAUCUUCCCAAACGACGAGUGUUGGUCCUGGUCCAAGUGCAUCCGUUCCGUCUGCAGCUGCCGACGACGACGAGAAGCCACAAAAACCAAAAACCGGUGGCGGCGGUUCGAAAAUUGAUGAGCGAGGUUCAACGGUCGUCAUUUAUAAAAAUGCACUGGGCGAGCGGCUAAUAGUGGCCGAGGGUGGUGGCCAGCACCAGAAUCGACCACCGACACCGGCGCACGAGGAGUCCGAUUACAAGACUGCUGCCGCGUGGGACUCGAGCGAGAGCAGCGUUUGCAGCAGCAUCCUGGUAAUUGACGAUAUGCGGCAAUCGUCGGUGCCAAUUAGGACACCGGGGGGUCGUGCUGCGAGUAAUGACAGUAACGAGCCAAGAAAGUGGCGGGAGAUUUUCGAGCAUCAGCUAAGCCCUCGCGGGACUAACGACGCCGGCCGGAAGAGGACGAUAAAUUAUGAAUUGUCCCGGGAUGGUGCAAGCGAUGCCACGACGACUGCCACCGUCACCCAAAGGAUACGGGCUUCCCUGAACGAUGACGGGAGGGACGGCAUGAAGCCAUCGUUGGUGCUCAAGUGCGAUCCCAAGACGUACGUGCUCAACCUGAAGAUUAAGGUGCCUCGGGAUUCGGAUGGGAAGAAGCAGGAGCAGCAGUCUGAGAGUAACGGGUCGAAGAAGUGAUUUUGAGAUUUGUUUUCCGA